CAAGAGUGGGUUGUGGAAACUCCAGCUCUUAGACACAAGACAAGAAAGAAAACAAGUCAUUUUGGUCAUCCGUUUGGAGAAGCUGUUUCCAAGUGUUCAGCGUGAAGCUCUUUUCAGAUCAAAGACAAUCACUGCAAUGGACAGAACAUCACAGAUUGGAGACCAUUACCAUGUUAUCAAGAAGCUGGGCCAAGGCACCUUUAGUCAUGUCCUGCUGGCUCGAGAACUAAUUUCAGGCCAUUCUGUUGCCCUGAAGUUUGUGAGGAAAGACAGAACCCGUCAGGCAGCCUUCAUCCAUGAGUUAAACAUUUCAAUCGCCCUCUCAGACUAUCCAGGAAUAAUAAAGACCUAUCCUACCUACAUUGAGACUGUGGAUUACUUCAUUUUCACACAAGAGCUGGCACCGGCUGGGACACUUCACUCCAUCAUUAAGACAGAGGUUGGCAUUCCAGAAGAGGUGGUGAAACGUUGUGCAGUGCAAAUCACGGCAGCACUGGACUUCAUGCAUGGCCGAAGACUGGUGCACAGAGACCUGAAGCCUGAUAAUGUGUUACUGAUGGAUAAGGAAUGUUACCACAUUAAACUUUGUGACUUUGGUUUCACGCAGAGUGUGGGCUCACUAGUCCCUUCAAUGUCGCAUAUAAUUCCAUAUAUGCCACCAGAACUUUGCAACCUCAAGCCUAAUCAACUACUUGUCUUGGAUCAAAGUAUGGACAUCUGGUCUUUUGGAAUUCUUCUAUUUGUGGCACUGACUGGAUAUUUCCCAUGGGAAGAAGCUGUUGGGCAUAACCAGAAGUACCAAAUGUUUGUCCAUUGGCAGAAUAAUAGAAAUUAUGUUCCGGCACCUAUUUUAUGGAAUAGGUUCACACAGGAGGCAAUGGCUAUGUUUUUCAAGCUGCUUUCCCAGAAACCCUCUUCUAGAAGCCCUCCUGAUACUGUCCUGGAGUUUCUUCAUUUACCCUGGACUGCUAAAGCCAGCGUUAAUGGCCUGGUGAUAGAGGCUGAUCUAGACAUCAUCAUCCUUGAUGACAACCAUGAGUUGCAAGUCAUAAUACAAGAACAGGAGCAAGUCAUAGUGAUUGAAAACACAGAUGAUAUAGAAUUUAUGUAUGUGGACAACACAGAAAUGCAUCCAGACUCCAGCAACACAGUUAUUAUGCUACUGACAGAAAACACUUCACUAAGUCUGGGAUCUGAAAUCGAUAUCACCUAAAUCUCAUCUGCUCCACAAUGUGGUUUGGCGAGUACAGCAGAAUCUGCCCAAGUGGAAGGCACGAGUAGGAGCUGACUACACCCAGUGUGUGAGUAUGUCUGCAGUUUCUUACUGAUAAUACAUGUACUGCGAUCAGUUUCGGGUCCAUGGGAUGGGCUGGACCUAUAAAGAAUCAGUAUUAAGGAGCAGAGAAGUUUGAAUGAAGUAGGCUACUUCCGUAAGAACUUGCAAAAUCAAGCAGUAGAUGUAUAAGUGGGGAAAAACCGAGUUUGUGCUCUUUCCUUUCAGAUUGCAAAAAGAAAUGGUUGGGAACUGCUACAACUUAAAUCCUCUUAUAUACAAGCAGGUGUGCUACCUGGUCUUUUUUCAAUAAAGGCAACAGUCAAAGUCUAAUAUUGAAUAUACAUAUUAAGCACUACAUGCAAUAUGUUAUGACUUAUUGUAGCUUUUAUUGAUUUUAAGAAAUGCUUAAAAUGUUACAUUCCCUCAUGUAAAAAGACAUUUGUACUAAAAGUUAACUCUGAGUGCAGAGUUCAGUAAAUAUGACACAGGAUAAUAUAUUGUAUUUUGUGUUUAUUUUUUUUUUUAAAGGAGCAUUGCAUUUAUUAAGACAAUUUAUUAAGACAAUAAACAGGGCUCAUAUUCAAAAA